UUAAGACAGAAGAUAAAAUGAUCUAUUUAGAAAUAGGCACUACCUAGGGACCACUAAUGAUUACAAAAUGAUUUAGUGUAAUGUAACCGUAAAUCAAGAUUACGGCGACUCCCGUAGUUAUUUGAUAUAUCACGAAUACAUCGGCCUAGUGAACGUGUUACUGUUAACGUUAUCAUUUCACGCGGUACAAUUGUUGGAGUCAAAGUUCGCACGUCACGUGAAAAAGACGACAGUGAACGGACUAAGAGGCGUUUCUGGUACAAGUGUAACAUUACGGAUCAAUACUGAGAUUGCAUGGUGAAAAUAAAUACAGCACCACGAUGAUUUGCUAGGUGUUGUGUCAGACUCCACAAAGGAUCUAGAGGACUUAAACACAAUGGCGAGUCGUCUCUCCGCUGUCUUCACUGAGGCGGAAAGGACAAACUGGCUGAAGGCGUGGAUGGCAGUUGACAUUGCAAAGUCUGGUUUAGAACAGUUCGUGGACAAUGAGGCUAAAACUUUACACACCAAUAUAUACAACACUAUCUGGUCAAGUAGUCAGGGCGCAGCCACAUGUAUAGGCUGUCACACUGCAAACUUGCUUAAAUGCCCGACACAAGGCGUAUGCAAAAAGAGAGGUGCACAUGGCAUCUGCCCAUCUAUGCAUUAUAAUGCGGCAAAACAACCACGACCAUGUCCAGCAAAUGUGUGCACUAAGGUCCAUGACGAGAUUGUUAAUCAACAUGCAUAUAGUAAUCCGUCAUGGACGAAUACAUCGGCGCAACAAUGGGCAAAACAUCCAUGGGAAAUUGCCAAGGCUUAUUUCCCUCCAGACGGAUACGUUGGAAAAACUUCAGUUCAGGAUACAGACUUCAACGGAAUCAUCAGUUUUAUGAUGAAUUGCAACCAAAUUCACAACAAAUUUUCAUUCACAAUAGCAAUAGGAAAAUGUAAACCCCCUUGUUUACUGACAAAGGCGCGAGAUAUUGGAAGAACUGUCCGUCAUUCGCCUCAGUGUAAAGUCACUGAUCUAGAUCUCCAGGAAAUUUUCACAACACUGACAAGCCUGCUGAGUGACCAAACGUAUCUAGCACAUGACGUCACUGCACAGGAGGCUGUACGGAAAUUAGCAGAGCUGGAAAAGGAUACAUUGAAGAUAACCACGGAGGAAAUGAUUCAUCUCCUAGAGGCUGCUCAAGAUACACUUAACAAAGUUGAACACAUUGCCGAUAAAGCCGAUAAAGCUCUGGAUGAGAUGAAGAUGCACCUUGAACAAUGUAAGAAGGGUCUCAAUGCACAUACGGACAGAUGUAAACAGAAACUUGAUGAGCACACUGCAAAAUGUACAAAUGCUUUAGAUGAACAUGUGAGCAAGACGGUGGACUCGACCUAUGAGCAAUCGUGUAAAGAACUGAUCGAAGGAAUGAAAAAACUGUACAACGACAAAUUAUAUUACGUGACAGUAUCUCCAUUUGAUGACUCCAGCGGUGAAAAAUUACGAGAUGUUUAUAUGCCGCCAAAGAUUUUGGAAAUGUGUAAGGAAAUAAAGACAUUUAAGAAAACAGAAAAACAAGUUAAUACGUACAAGGGUGUGUUUUUAACAGAUAACACAGUUAACCCACGCAUAUUUAUUCAAGGUGAGGCAGGGUCUGGCAAAACAACAUUCUUAGCAAAAUUGGCGCUGGACUGGUGUGAAGGAGUUCAUGGUUCUAGUGCAUCGGAUAACAGCAAAAUUAUCUUUGCUGAUUUUGACGCACUGCAACGCUAUGAGUACGUUUUUCAUAUUACAUUGAGAAAUUCAAAAAACCAAUGUGACGUAUAUACUAUGAUUAAAGAACAAAUAAUAGACCGGAUCUACUCCGCAAAAGACCGCGAAAAAGCGUACGAACUAGUGAGUGAGAUCAUGAAACAUCAACGUUGCUUGGUACUACUUGAUGGUCUAGAUGAGUGGACAGGACCUGAAGAUCUACCGACAUUGGUAGUAGUUCACAACAAAUGUGUGAUGUUAAUUACAACACGGCCUUGGAAAUUGGCUGAAGGUAAAGUUAAGCAUUCGGACAUCCAUGCAUUGUUGCAACUGGAAGGAAUAAACAAGCCUUUUGAGCUAAGUAAAAUUAUACUAAGCCGCUUAGUAGAUAAGGAAGAACUUGAAAUAAAAUACACAGCAUUUACUCUAUACGUAAAGAAACAGAAGCUCGAAGAGUUACUGUCGUCACCAAUGAUGCUCUCUGCGAUUGUAUGUGCAUAUGCAGACGGAAUAGAAAUCAAAGGCUCAAAGUGUGAAGUAUACAUCCUUUUAGUGGAAAGUCUUUUUAAGAAAGCCAACAGUUGCACGCGUACAUUUCAACAGCCCCCCUUUUCGUUCUUCAAAGGGACUGAAUACAUACAGCCAAAUUUGGAACCCCUGAAUCGUCUUGCUGAAAUGGCCUUUCAUUUGUUGUUUGUAAAUGACAAGGAAAAUUCAAUAAUGUUUCGCAUCACAGAAUUAGAGAAAUUCAAGAUUUAUGAAUACAAGGAUUUUGCAUUAAAAUCCGGAAUUUUAUCGGCACAACAAACUGCCUCUGCACUGCGAUCAUCGUCAUCAUUUAUGUUUAUCCACUUGAGCAUUCAGGAAUUCCUCGCUGCUUACCAUAUCGCCAGCAAUGCGAAUCUUAUUGAUGGUAGUAUUUCUAUCUACCUUAACCGUCACCCGAAAGCCUAUCUCGACAUAUCACAGGUGUUUAUAUUCCUGUGUGGACUGGAUGUAUCAUGUGCGGAAAAGCUAUCAAGCAUGAUGGAUGAACGCGAUGCUUUGUAUACAUACUAUCGUUCAAGCAGUCACGAAAGGUUAAAUGAAAUCAUACUUGCAGGGUUGAGAGAAGCUAAUGCAAAUGGAUAUUCCAACAUUGCCCUAAAACUCAGUCACUUCAACUUCGAUAACAACAAUAUCAUUGACCUUCAUAAGAUUUGGAAAAAUAACGCGGCUAAUGCCAUCGUGUUGAAAGUUGACAUCGAUGACAGGAAACUCUUAGAAAACCCACGAAUUUCACCUGGAAAUGACGAGUGUGCAUCUCAGAUUACAUUUGACCUUCAUUCGUGCCUGGAGCUGGCACGUUUAGAGCUAAGUGGACGUUGCAUAUUGGGAAAAGAUUCUGCCAGUGUGGGUACAUUGGAAUUUCCCGUCUGCAUUAUUCUAAAUAUUGCCGAUCCAACCCAGUGCACAGAGCUUCCUCCUGUACUUCCCUCCAUCGAAUACAUUGAAUUGACCAGUGUCACAUGUUCCUGUACCUGGCUACGCAGUCUGCUUAGUAUGAUGUUGACACAAAAUUGUAAUAUGGACUGUUAUCUGCAUGAAUGUCACUUAACUGCGUGUGGAGAGGGCGAAGUCAACACAUCAUACACGACUGGACACAUAUGGUUAUACGUACGUCAAAACAAAAGCAUAUCAGUAAGCCUUAAUGAUGAUACCGGUCUGUGGGAGAUUCUGCAUGGUCUGAGUAUUAAGAGUCUGAGUCUGGAUGAGUUCGAUAACAGUGGUUGUAGAGUGAAUCAUGAAAAGUCGUUCUCACAGACGAUAGCAUCGCUCUCAAAGCUGGAAACACUAGAUAUUAAAAUGGAUGAAUUGACUCCUUGUGUGUGGGAGGCUCUCCGUGGUCUGAAUAUCAAGAGUCUGACUCUGAGCAGUAGGAAGUGGGGAGAGUUGCAUGCAGAGUCGUUGACUCAGUCGCAAUCAUCACUCAAGAGGCUGGGAACACUUGGAAUUGGUGUGGAUGAAGACAGUCCUGGUCUGUGGAAGGCUCUCCAUGGUAUGAAUAUCAAGAGUCUGAAUCUGGGUGGUUGGGAGGGGGAAGGAUUAAGGAUAAAUCAUUCACAGUCGUUGUCUCAGUCGCUAUCAUCGCUCAUGAGGCUGCAAAAACUUGAUAUUCAUGUGGCUGAAGAUAGUACUGGUCUUUGGGAGGCUUUCUAUGGCCUUAAUAUCAAUAAGCUGCGUGUGUUUUGUAAGGGUAGAGUAAAGUAUAAAGAGUCGUUGUAUCAUUUGCUACAAUCGCUUACACGGCUGGAAACACUUAGUAUUGAUGCGGAUGAAGCCUGUCCUGGUUUGUGGGAGGCUCUCAAAGGUUUGAGUGUCAAGAGUCUGACUAUUAAAGGUUCGCACAAAGAUUUCGAAUUAAAUCAUACAAAGUCGUUGUCUCAGUCACUAUCAUCACUCACACAGCUUGAAACACUCGAUAUGAAGGUAUAUAAGCACAGUACUGGUCUGUUGGAGGCUAUCCAUACUUUGAAUAUCAAGACUCUGAGUCUGACUCUAUGUUGGAUUCAGUGGACCGAUUUGCGUACAGAGUCGUUGUCUAAAUCACUUUCAUCGCUCACACAACUAGAAACUCUAGAUGUUAGUGUGUAUGCAGACAGUAGUUGUCCUUGGAAGGCUCUCCAUGGUCUGCAUAUCAAGAGUCUGAGACUGAGUCUGAGUCAUGAUGGUGACUGUAAAGAUUUGCAAGCAGAGUCGUUGUAUCAGUCAUUAGCAUCGCUCACACAGCUAGAAACGCUUAGUAUUGAGUUACAUCCAGACAGCUGUGGUCUAUGGAGAGGUAUCCAUUGUCUGAAUAUAAAGAGACUGAGCCUGAAGAGUAAGGGGUGGGGAGGUUUGCAUAAAGAGUUGAUGUCCUUGUCACUUUCAUCGCUCACACAGCUGGACACUCUUUGUAUUGAGAUGCAGUGUGAUAAUCCAGGUCUGUGGGAGGCUGUACAUGGUCUGAAUAUCAAGCAUCUAAGCCUGAGUGGUUUGUGGAUACAUACUGGAAUUGACGUGACGCAUACAGUGACGUUGUCAAAGACACUUUCAUCGCUCACUCAGCUUGAAACACUUAGUAUUGAUGUGGAGCAUGAGAGUCCUGGUCUGUGGGAGGCUCUUCAUGGUCUGAAUAUCAAGAGUCUGAGUCUGAAUGGCGUGUUUGAAGGUUCCGGAAUUGACGUGAAGCAUGCGAAAACAUUUUCUCAGUCGUUAUCGUCACUCACACAGCUGGAAACGUUAACACUACAUGUACAUACAUACAUCGCCCUGCAGGUACCUCAAUCAUUGAAGUAUUUAAAUAUCUACUAUGACACAAUGCUUCCAUCCGAAUUGCGCGAACUUGUGGACUCAUUGGCUACAUGUACUCAUACAAUUGAGAGUAAGCUAGAAUUUGGUUGCGCUUCUAGUAUUGAUCCCCCAGAACGAAUCCCAGUUCAGGAAUACAUUCCAUUUCAACAGGAACUUGCUGCACGGAAAAAUGUUGCAAUGAAACGAUUCCGAAUAUAUGAAUUGCCUGAUUCUGCCGGUUAUGCCAUGUCUGUACGUGACAUUGGUGAUGUUGAUGACGCUGCUAGCGAUUUCCUUGAAGAUGAUGUUUAUAAAACAUUUGCUAAAUAUAUUGAAUAUUACAUGAUCAAUCGAAUUUCAAUACUCAUUGAGAUAAGUCCAGGCUCAAUAUCUUAG